AUGCAGCAUCUCACGAGGCGUAGCGCGUCAGGUAACGGGAAUGUGCAUACUGGUACUCAAGACGAAGUUGAGCUGGAUCCGAAUGACUUGAUUCCGGAUCGGAGGCUUGUUAGUUUCCUUGACUAUGACGAUUAUUUUAAUGGAGACAUAUACGAGCCGAGUAAAUAUGAGCAGAGCUGGGAGAUUAAUACGGAAAAAUAUCCGUACCUCAGACACAUCAAGUCGUUAUCCGCGGCCUGGCCUCAUCUGCGCUAUCUUGCGCAAUGGAUGGAAGUGACUACGUCGCCUACGAAAUGGCAGCUUAUCAAGGAUUUACCUCAGCAGAAAUUGAGCAAGCUUCGGAGCGACAGGGCCGAGCAAACUAAUAUUGCUACUGUCGAUUUCAUCUCAGGCCAACCAGCUCCAAUUAUCGAUUAUAUCAAGACCCCUGAGAGUCUAGUACAAAGCCUCGACCGGCCAGCCGUCCCAGGUGCCAGCCGGUUAUACGUCGUAGAAGACCUUUCGCGGGACGUCAUUGAAUGUCUGGGUUCAAAACUCGACAUCGACCCUCUCUUCUUCCGGGAGCACAUCAAUGACUACACGUGGUAUAACACUCGCGAUCCGUGGGUCGAGCUUCCCGACUUGGAUAUAGUUUCGAGGGAUCGGCCAUACUUCCACUUGACUUACAACCAGCCUCGUUACUUCAAAACGCCGGAAAGCUUCAACGAAGCGCAGCGCCAAGCUGGGAGGUUCAACGUACUCCGGCGGCUCGACGCCGACGACGGACACGAGUCUCCCUUCGACGAGAAGUCGGCCACGGUUGCCCUUGUUAGAAGCAAGGCGUCCCUAUGGAUCAGGCCGGCCAAAACCGGCCAGCAGGCCAUUGGGGUUCUACUUAUCGACCCUUCGAUAACAGAAGGCCAUCCUCUUUGGGGAGGGUAUCGGCCUUUCAAGAAUUCACCAACGCCCGGAGAUCAGGCGCGAUACGACGUGCCGCCCAAGACUACCUUGUUUCAAGACUUGCUCUUCUGGAUCCAGCAGACGUCGCAGCAGGAUAUCGAUGCUGUCGAGAAUAACCCCCGGGCGAUGGCUUUUCGCAUUCUGGAGAUCAUAUGCGCAGAGUGGUUGACCUUGAGCCAUUACAUCACCGCGCGGCUGGGGCAGAUCGAAUGGGAAAUCGAAAGCCCCAAGUGGUUCGAGAUGCAGAAGCAAGAGCUGCAGCGGGAGUCCAUCAACUUCAACAUGUCGCUGAAGAAGCUGCACACGUGGCGGCGGCGGCUCCCGAUCUACAGCGCCAUGGUAGCCGACACGCGGGCGAAGCUCUUCUCGGACGAGGCUCGGCGGGGAUCCGACGACGACUCCAGCAUCGGCACUAGCCACCACCACCACCAUCACCACCGACGAGGAGGAGGAGGAGGCUGCGUCGUCGACGAGCUGGAAAAGGACUUCGCGCUCGCGGCCGCGCACAUCCGGGACCUGCUGUCGCGGACGGAGCGGAUCGCGGCGGUGGCGACGGCGGUGGCGGCGAUCGAGGAGAGCCGGCGGGCGCUGGAGCAGAACCGGACGCUGGGGCGGCUGACGUACCUGGCGGUGAUCUUCGCGCCGCUGAGCUUCGUGUCGAGCUUCUUCAGCAUGUCGGCCGACGUGGCCGAGCUCGCGGGCACCAUCUGGGUGUUCUUCUGCGUCGCCGUCCCCGUCAGCCUCCUCGUGUACCUGGCCGUCGACAAGAACUGGUCGGACGGCGUCCGGGGCGCGUGGGGGCGGGCUAGGGGGGGGAAAGCUGGGGAGACGCUCCGGGGUGGGAAGCCGGGCCGCGUUGGGAAGUAG